AGGCUGGGAAUGGCCGGCAGGGCUUCCUGCAUAAAGAAAAGUGGACCACUACAUCUUGCUUGGCCAUUCUCCUUGUCUCCAUCAUUAGAUACUGCUCUAAAGACCUAAGGGAAAUGUGCCCAGGACAAGUGUGUGGUCCUUCUCCCUCUCACUGAGGCUCGAUGGCCCAGCAAAGCAUGAAAGUGAGGCCUGUGCUCCUGAAGCGAAACAGUCUUGAGUCUGUGGAGCUUGUGAAACAACCACACCACCGCAGGAGCAAGUCGCAGCAAGUACGAUUCAAGGAAGAUGGGAACAUUAAGAGUCCAACUGGUUUAACUGAGGUUGAUACCCAAACUCCUGAAGACCCAAGUCUAAAGGGGAAGGCGCAAGCAUCCCGGCACCAUCACCCUACCACCUACUCACUGUCUUUCCCCAGGUCCCAUAAGGCAGGAGGCUUUCGCAGCAUCUCUAUCCAGACCUCCCCUAGUCUCAGGAAGCAUUUCCCAGUUUUCAAAAGGAAGAAACUCACGACUAGCAAGUCCCUGGUAGAAAUGCCAACAGUAUCCCCAAGUGCCAUCCAGGUCAACGGCAACCUCUCUGAACAGGAUGUUGUAUCAUCUGACCUUGCCUUCCUGAGGCUGGCUCAGCAUCUAGAGGAUGGGCCUCGAAGACUCAAAAUGCCCCACCCAUUUCUCCCUAGGAUGUCCAAGGUGCAAAGCAAUGGACCUGUUAGCUUCUGCUUGGAAUCUGGAACUUGGAGGUCCUCAGAGAAAGCAACAGCUGCCAUUCAGGUUCCAGAUGAUAUUUGUCAUAGUCCAACCUGGGAAUCUAGAGAGCUGACUUAUGGCCCAGAAAGCUCAGCAGAAGAAAGCAACUCCAUACCCACUUUGGUUACCAUGUGUCCAGGGGAUGGGCAAAAAGUGCUGACAUCAGACCCCUCCUGUUUAAAUGCCAACAGCAGUGCCAACAACACCCCAGGCACAGGAAAACUCACACCUGAAUUGCUUUUGCCCAAAGAUAACCCUGAAAACAAAGACCUUGGCCUUCUGUCAUCUCAGUCAAAGAAGAUGUGUGUUCCCUCACCAUCAUGGACUCACAGCUCCUCUGAGUCAGGCUCCCAUAUCCAGCCAGCCCACAUGGAAAGAGCCUCUGAUUGCCCAGCAUCAUCGAGUGACAAUCACCAAGACCUGGAGUCACUCAAAAGUAGCAGUGCAUCCAAGUCUGUCCCUGUGUGUUGGGAGCAUGUGGCAAAGCUCCCCAGCCAGUCAGACAUCCCAGAGCUUCAGACUGGUCUUGGAAGUGAGCACCUCCCUUCCUCGCUUCCAAGGCACGAGUACAAACCUCAGAGCAGCAGGGAGCUCAGUGGGAGUAAUCACAGUCACCUGGCUCAGGGUGAACUCUGUGACCUCCAAGGCCGGCUGCAAUCAGUGGAGGAAUCGCUGCAUUCAAACCAAGAGAAAAUUAAAGUGCUAUUGAAUGUGAUUCAAGACCUGGAGAAAGCCCGCGCUCUCACUGAAGGGCGGAACUUUUAUCGGACAGGCCAAGAUCUCAACAACUGCAGCACCUGUCAGAACACGGCGUGCAUCAUAUACAGCGUGGAGUAUGACUUCCGGCAGCAGGAAGGCAGGUUCCAUGAGGUUCUCCAGAACCUGGAGGAGGCAGAGCCAGCUGAGGAAGCACCUUCUCCACCCAAAUCCCCAGCUGAAGCCCCGGUCCCUGAGAAACAGGACUUACGGCGGAAAAGCAAGAAGGUGAAGAAGAAAUGUUUCUGGUGGAUAUGAGAGGAUUGGGGCUCCCCACACUCCUUCCUGAGGCAGGGGGUGCCUUGUCAUCAAGGCCUUCCUUUUCCUCUCCAAAAGCCCAGGCUGAGAUCCCUUGACUUGUGACAUGGGAGUGCCUCAGAGCUGGUACAUUGUUAGACACCUGGUCACCAACCUUACCUGAGUGCGUGCCACUGCUUGCUGAGGACUUUGUGGCCACUUGUGUGUCCACUUGCUGAGCUGCCUGUCACACACAGCAGGGCCUCAUCUUCAUUUGCUAAGUUCAGA